AUGGUUGAGCUUAAAAAAAGAACUAUCAAAUCUUUAACUAAUCUGGAUACAAAUAAAAGCAAAGAUAAGGAUAAGGACAAGCCGAUAACACAACAAAGACUCACCUUGCGAGUACUAUCUCGUAUUGUGGUUAUAACAGCUUUAUUGAUUGUAGUAUAUUUUACAUCGAAAGAUGAUAAGUUACGAAUUUUUGCAAGUCAAAGUGAAAAAUUGUUAUCUGGAAAAGUACAAACUUUACAAUGUUCCCCUGAGUACAUGAAAGAAAUUAAUGUUUAUGAAGGCUGUUUUCCUAAGAAAUGUAAAAGGUUUGUCACAGAUACUGUUGUGUCAUCCCUCGAAGUAGACAAUUUAUUGUUCAUUGCAAAAAAGGGCCUGAAAUAUGGUCGGUCAUUGGGUGGAGCUUCAAUUAUUGAUUUACACAGCGGUGCUAUGUCAAAAGGGCAAUUUUUUAUUAAUAUUUAUGAGUCUCCAAAUAUGAAAAAACUAUUUACUGAGGAUGACUUCAACUUGUACCGGGGUGUUAAAGAGAAAGUAAGGCACACUAUUGCAAAUAAUUUUGGUGUUGAUGUAGACAAGAUAUAUUUAACAAAACCCACAUUUAUAUCUGAAAUAACGUCAAAAAAUGCAGUUACAAAACAUGAUGAAUAUUGGCAUUCUCAUGUGGACAAAGAAACCUACUCUUCUUUUCACUAUACUAGCCUAUUGUAUUUGAAUGAUUAUAAUGUAGAUUUUGAAGGAGGGAGAUUUGUGUUCCUAGAUGAUAAAUAUAACACAACUAUUGAACCAAGAAAAGGAAGGCUCAGUAUUUUUACUAGUGGACAUGAGAAUUUACAUUUUGUUGAAAGGGUAACAUCUGGUGUGAGAUAUGCUAUGACAAUUGCAUUUACUUGUGAUAAACAGCAAUCAAUUGAAGACCCAAACAUUGACAAAUACAUUCCGUAA